CCCUCACCAUUACUGUUCAUGUUUUAUUUUAGUUUAAAGAUGAAAUGAAAUGAAGCUGAGUUCAAGAAAACCAAUGAGUGUGUUUCAAGCCAAAUGGUCCCACUUUUAUGCAUGUGUGAGACUUGGUUUCAGACGUCCCACUAAUUACCCUUCUUCAGUUUUUCAACUUCUCUGCCUUUCUUUUUUCUAAUUAUUAUCCCAUGGGGUAUCCUGGAAUUGAUUAUUUAUUGAAUCUUAGGACCAUUUCAGUGGCUUAGUUGCUUCUUUUCUUUAAUGGGUAUGAGUGGUUUUGGCCUUUUGGGUUCUUUUUUAAGUUUCAGUUAAAAGAUUCUUCUUGGUGAGGUUGAGAGUUGGAGUGGAGUGGAGCGGAGCAACCUGAAAUCGUUGACCUAAUUUGGAAAUUAGGUGGUUUUGGACUGAGAUUUGGUUGUUUGAGUGCUUUUUUUUGAAGUGGGUAUGUCUUAUUUGGAGUGGUUUUGGGGUUUAAUUUCAUAGGAUCAGAGGUGGGUUUGUGAAAGUUAUUAACUUUCUGAAGCUACUGGUAGAUUCUGGGGGAAGUUUUUGGUGCAGAUUGGUCAGGUUUGUCACUGAAGAAGCUACAUUUUGAAAUUUUUUAAUUUGGUUUGAGGAAUUUGGGUUGGUUUGAGGAGGUUUUUGUGGGUGAUUUUGGCUUGAGAGUGGUGCUUUGAAGAUAAUAAUUAACUGGGUUUGUGGGUUUUUUGGCUUGGUUUUGGUGUUUUAGUUUGAGACAGGGAUUUAAGAGGCUGUUUUGGGGGGGGGUUUUUCUUUUGCGCAGCUCUUUAUUUGAAGCCCAGUUGUUGACAUUUUUCAGCUUGCAUUGUGAUAAAAAUUAUGGCUUGUAUGAAACUGGGAUCUAAAACUGAUGCCUUUCAACGGCAAGGGCAGGCCUGGUUCUGCACAACUGGUCUUCCGAGUGAUGUUGUUGUUGAAGUUGGAGAGAUGUCCUUUCAUCUCCACAAGUUCCCUUUGCUUUCUAGAAGUGGGGUUUUGGAGAGAUUGAUAGCAAAAUCAUCUGAAGAAUCAGAAGAAAAAUGUGUCAUAAACCUCCCUGACGUCCCUGGUGGAGCCAAAACAUUUGAACUUGUGGCUAAGUUCUGUUAUGGUGUUAAACUGGAACUGACUGCUUCAAAUGUUGUAUACCUGCGGUGUGCAGCUGAGGUUCUUGAAAUGACGGAGGAAUAUGGGGAGGGUAACCUUAUUAUGCAAACGGAAACCUUUCUCAAUCAAGUUGUCCUUCGGAAUUGGAAAGAUUCUCUAAAAGCACUACAAACCUGUGAUGAUAUUCUUCCAUAUGCGGAAAAACUUAAUAUUGUAAAGAGGUGCAUUGAGUCUCUAGCCAUGAAGGCAUCUACUGACCCAAAUUUAUUCGGUUGGCCUGUAGUGGAGCACGGAGGGCCCAUGCAGAGUCCUGGUGGGAGUGUCUUGUGGAAUGGGAUAAGUACAGGGGCUAGACCAAAACAUUCAACUUCAGAUUGGUGGUAUGAGGAUGUAUCUUUGUUAAGUUUACCUCUCUAUAAGAGGUUGGUUGCAGUAAUGGAAUCUCGCGGUAUCAGACAGGAAAUUAUUGCUGAGUCCCUUACUUUCUAUGCCAAAAAAUACUUACCUGGGCUGAACCGGCGUCAAGGUACUAGUGAGUCUAGCACCCGUCUAGCACCUGUGGCUUUGGCAACUCCUCCAUCAGAAGAAGACCAAAAAGUUUUACUGGAAGAAAUUGAUCGGUUACUUCCGGUGCAGAAGGGUCUAGUCCCAACUAAGUUUCUGUUUGGUCUACUUCGAACAGCCAUGAUACUUAGAGCAAACUUCUCAUGCAUAUCCAAUUUAGAAAAGCGAAUUGGGAUGCAGCUUGAUCAAGCUACUCUUGAAGAUCUCUUGAUGCCUAAUUUCUCUUAUUCCAUGGAGACACUUUACAAUGUUGAAUGUGUGCAGCGGAUUCUGGACCACUUCCUCGCUAUGGAUCAGAUCACAGGUGGUGCCUCUCCAUGUUCAGUUGACGACGGCCAGUUGAUGGGAUCACCUUCAUUGACACCAAUUACAAUGGUAGCCAAGUUGAUUGACGGGUACCUUGCAGAGGUUGCACCUGAUGUUAAUUUGAAGCUCCCCAAGUUUCAGGCCCUUGCUGCUGCUGUUCCUGAAUAUGCAAGGCCCUUGGACGAUGGUCUUUACCGGGCUAUAGAUAUAUAUCUGAAGUCACACCCAUGGUUGGCAGAGUCCGAUAGAGAACAACUUUGCAGGUUGAUGGACUGCCAAAAGCUAUCCUUGGAAGCUUGCACCCAUGCCGCCCAAAAUGAAAGGCUUCCCUUGAGGAUAAUUGUCCAAGUUUUGUUCUUUGAGCAACUACAGCUCAGGACUUCCAUCGCCGGCUGCUUUCUUGUUUCCGAUAAUCUUGAUGGAUCAAGGCCAUUGAGAAGUGGGUUUGCUGGCUCGCAAGAGGGAGGCUGGGCAUCAGCCGUGAGGGAGAACCAGGUUCUGAAGGUCGGAAUGGAUAACAUGAGGAUGCGAGUUUAUGAGCUUGAAAAGGAAUGUUCAAGCAUGAAGCAAGAGAUUGAGAAGUUGGGCCGGUCAAAGGGUUCUAGCACUUGGGGUAAUGUUUCAAAGAAAUUCGGGUUCAAAUUAAAGUCGCAGAUGUGUAGCGCGCAAGAGGGCUCAGUUAGCAAGCAGAAUAAUGGAAGUGGGAAGCUUGAGAAGGUGAAGGAAAGACAUGGAAAACACAAGAAAAACUUGUGACCAGAUGGGUAAGACCACCCACCCCAUUUCCAAUAAUUAAUUUUUCUCGAGGUUUCAGAGUUGUUAUUGUUUGUAGUUCCAGUUCUAAUAUUUUUUUCACAAAAACCAAAAGUUCCAUCACCUUGUAAUUGUGUGCCAUAGUUAUCUUCAAGUUCUCAUCAUCUCAAAUUUGAAAUGGAGAGACAGAACAUCAUGGUGUAAUUUGUUUCAUAUAAUAUUACUCGAUCUCCUCUCUAAUUGCUUGUAUAACAAGG